AUGUCUCACGAAACCCACUUAGACAUGCCCGACGUGGACCCGCAAGUUCAGGAAGACCACGACGCGCACUCCUCUACGCUGACAUACCUAUUCGUUAACACUCUUUGCGUCUUCAUCGUCAUUAUCUACCCCGGGAUCGUCGUCGCUUUCGUGAGCGCGGUCGUACACGUGGGCGCAUUCUUAGUCGACGUAUCAACAUGUUGCUUCCACAAGGCGGUCGGCUUCCUCCAUAGCCUGUUUUAA